AUGGGGGGUUUCUUAGAAAGAGUGAAGAAUAGGGGAAUUGUGCAUAGCGGUUGGUUGCAGCAGUUACUUAUUUUGGAGCACUCAAGUGUAGGGUGUUAUGUGUGUCAUGCUGGUUUUAGUUCUGUCAUAGAAGCUAUUGUUAAUGGUUGUCCGUUGGUAUUGUUACCUUUGAAGGGUGACCAGUUUUUCAAUUCUAAGCUCAUUGCUGAUGAUUUGAAGGCAGGGAUAGAGGUGAACAAUAGGAAAGAUGAAGAUGGGUUUUUUGAGAAAGAGGAAUUGUUGGAGGCUGUGAAAGCUGUUAUGGUGGAAGUUGAUAAAGAACCAGGGAAACAGAUAAGAGAAAAUCAUAAGAAAUGGAGGGAGUUUCUGUUGAAUAAGGAAAUUCAGGACAAAUUCAUCCCUGAUCUGGUUGCACAAUUGAAGUCUUUGGCUUAG